UUCGGGACGAGGCCCCGCCGUCGCGGCGCUUUUCUUUCCUUCUCGGCUUCUCCCGCUUGCCCUUGACCCCCUCGCCCGGUCGCCCCGUCCAAGCGGCUCCCGACCUCCCUAUAAAGUCGCCACCGCCGGCGACCGGCACCAUCACACCACCACACCGAUCUACAACUGCUUCACAGAAUCACAGUUCAGUCAUCACUCCGACCGACAGAGCAAGAUGUGCGGCGGUGCGAUCCUCGCGGAGCUCAUACCCAGCGGCGGCCGGAGGGGAGCCCCCGCCGCGGCGGCCAAGGACGACGACUUCGAGGCCGCCUUCCGGGAGUUCGACGAGGACUCCGAGGAAGAGGUCGUGAUGCUGACGGAGCGCAAGGCGUCCGCGCUUGGCGCCCGCGCCGCCGGGGCCCGGCGCAACAUGCGUCCGAGCCAGUACCACGGCGUCCGGCGGAGGCCGUGGGGCAAGUGGGCGGCCGAGGUCCGCGACCCCGUCAGGGGCGUCCGCGUCUGGCUCGGCACCUUCGCCACCGCCGAGGCCGCCGCGCGCGCCUACGACGACGCGGCGCGCGACCUCCGCGGCGCCGGCGCCAAGCUCAACUUCCCGUCCUCCGACACGGCGCGCACCCGCAAGCGACGCGCCGCCGCCGCGAUCGCCAAGGCGGCGCCGUACGUCGACCUCGUCGACGACGGAGCGGAUGUUCUCGGCGCGCACGCGCUGUCGUUCAAGAACGAGGCCGCCGAAACCAGCGACACCAUCUCCGGCGGCAGCAGCUGCGGCGGCUCCCUGCCGGACUUCUCGUGGCAGGGCAUGUCCGCGACCGACGACGGCGCGGCGCGGCCUGAUGCUGACUUCCACAUCGAGCCAGACGGGCCCGUGGUGGAGCUCGGCUGCCCCAGCAAGCGGGCCCGUACCGUACCCCAGGAGGAGGUGGUGGUGGCGCCACCGGCGGCGUCCGAGGGAUCCGCCACCCUGCUGUUGGACGUUUUCAUGUUCGGAGACCAGUUCAGCUUCUUCGACGGCGGCGCGUACGAGUCUCUGGACGGCCUGUUCGGCGGCGACGCCGUGGAGAGCAACCAGAGCGCGGUGCUCUGGAGCUUCGACGACAACCGUCUUGUCGAGGACACCAUGUGCUAUUAGUUGUUGGCCUGUCCCCUGCGCUUCAGUGCUUCACAGUCGCUGUACAAAUGCUCUUGUUGCUGUGAGCAAAGCGUCCCUGUAAUUUCAAACUCUGUGCAGCAGCAUAUGAGUUUUUUUCGAGUAUCGAGUCUGCAUCUUGAUCGUUA